GUAUAAAAAGCAAAUAACUUAGUCAAAAGGAUAAAUGGGAGCUUAAUAAAGAAAUGGUCGGAGAGUAGGAGAAAAAUAAUCGAGGAGGAAUAAUUUAAAUAUAAAUAGAAGUUACGAACGAGGAUUUGAGAGUGAGAAUUGUUGGAGAGAGUAAUGUGAUCUCCCCCACCAUUGCUGAGCCGAGAGCUUAGGUGAUAUAGCUAGCCGCCUAGCCCCUCCACACCACUCGCUAUCCUGAUAUCCUCACACUGCGGCACUGCACUCGCCUCUGUGGGCAGGUACCGACUGCCCAGCGCCCCAGUUCCUGGCUGGCCGGCUGGCUGUGGCCUGUGGCUGUGCCUGGUCUCCUCUUCCUCGGUGGUGGCGGUGGCGGUGGACGGUGGUGCUGCUGGUGGUGUUGCGCUGCUUGUUCGGUUGUUCCUCACUUUCACUUCCUUUUUCCUCCACGGCUCCCGUCACCUAAGCAGCAGCUGCAGCAGCAUAUCCCCCGCACACCACUCGCUUCUUCGCCAUCACCCGGUGGCUAGCUCUUGCAGCAGCUCAUCUCAUCUCUACCUCUGGCUGGCAGUUUAUUUCUCUCCUCCCUAUCAGCAUAAGCUCAGCUCAGCUCAGCUCAGCCCAGCUCCCUGCUGAUCUGCGGCAUUUGACCUGCCUCCCGUGCUUGAAGCUUGAUUUGUUCGUUUCUGUGCGCGGUGGUGCCCGGGCAAUAACUCCCCUUGGUGCCUGGUUGGCUCGUUGCCACCCUCCCCGCGGCAGAGCGGCCUAUAGGAUGAGAGGGACGGGGGAGGAACCCAACAAACCGGCCGCGACACUGUCCUGACCGUGGAAGACACGCACACAGAGCUCCAGCUCUGCACUGCACUGGCCGACGGGGAAACGGUGGAGCUCGCGCGGUGUUCCAUUCAUGGAUUGGGAUCUCAAGAUGCCGGUCUCCUGGGACCUGCCCGACCUGGAGCACGACGCCAUGCCGCCGCCGCCGCCCGUCUCCGCGGCUUCCACCGCGGCGGCGUCGGGCAUUGCCGCCGCAGCUGCCGCGCCUUCCUCCGCGACGGCGCCGAGCCGGGCGGAGUGCUCCGUCGACCUCAAGCUCGGCGGGCUAGGCGAGUUCGGGGCGGCGGACGGCACGGCCACGAAGGAGCCGGCGGCUGCAACCGCAGCUCCGUCCGCCAGCCCGAUGAAGCGCCCGCGCUUGGGGCCCGGCGGCGCCGGCGGGGCGCAGUGCCCGUCGUGCGCGGUGGACGGCUGCAAGGCCGACCUGAGCAAGUGCCGCGACUACCACCGCCGCCACAAGGUCUGCGAGGCGCACUCCAAGACGCCCGUCGUCGUCGUCGCCGGCCGCGAGAUGCGCUUCUGCCAGCAGUGCAGCAGGUUUCACUUGCUCCUAGAGUUUGAUGAGGCCAAGCGCAGUUGUAGAAAGAGGCUUGACGGGCACAACCGGCGCCGCAGGAAGCCGCAGCCAGAUACCAUGAACUCUGGGAGCUUUAUGACAAGUCAACAAGGGACAAGGUUCUCGUCGUUCCCGGCUCCAAGGCCGGAGCCAAGCUGGUCUGGAGUCAUCAAAUCCGAGGACAGCUCAUACUACACACACCACCCGGUGCUCAGCAACAGGCCGCACGUCGCCGGCACCUCCACGUCGCCGGCCUACUCCAAGGAAGGCCGGCGCUUCCCGUUCCUCCAGGACGGCGACCAAGUCAGCUUCAGCGCAUCAGGCGCCGGGACGCUCGAGGUCUCCACGGUGUGCCAGCCCCUCCUCAAGACGACCGCCGCCGUGGCCCCGCCGCCGCCCGAGAGCAGCAAGAUGCUCGCCCCCGUGCUGGACUCGGAUUGUGCUCUCUCUCUUCUGUCAUCCCCCGCCAACUCUUCCAGCGUCGACGUGAGCCGGAUGGUCCAGCCCGCGGAGCGCAUCCCCAUGGCGCAGCCCCUCGUCCCCGGCCUCCAGCACCACCAGUUCGGCGGCUCCCCGGUGCCGGACUGGUUCGCCGGCUCCGGCGCCGUCCCUGCCGCGGGCACCGGCGGGUUCGCCUGCCCCCACAGCGUGGAGAGCGAGCAGUUCAACACAGUCCUAGUGCCGAGCUCCGACGGCGGCCACGAGAUGAACUACCACGGCAUAUUCCACGUCGGCGGCGAGGGCUCCUCCGACGGGACGUCCCCUUCGCUCCCGUUCUCGUGGCAGUAGCUUACCGUUGAAGCGGGCAGUGUUAUGAUCGGUCAGCUGUAUAGCGGUGGUCAUCACACCAGUUCCCUCUUCUUUCCGUGUUUAUUUAUUCUCUGCUCCCUCACGCACUCCCCCGUGUCACUUGCUAGUUUCUUAGUUUUGCAUGCCUGAUGCAUGUAGCCUGAAAAAACUCUAUCAAAUUAGUGCCAGAUUUCCUAGUUCCCGUUUGUUUCAUUUUAUUUUGAGAAUUGGAAUCUUACUAAUGAUUUCCUAGUUCCCGUUUGUUUCAUUUUAUUUUGAGAAUUGGAAUCUUAUUAAUGUAAUAGGCUAUUUUUUAGAAUGUGACAUUCCACCACUUUACAAA